AUGGCCCGUGCAACGCAGGUCGUGGGCGGUGCCCUUGCAGACGCUCUGCCAAACACCAGAAGACAUUGGUUCGAGCAGCCUCAUCUACUCAAGCUGAAUCUGAUCCUUUUUAUCCCAAUGCUAUCGUCGACUGUAGUUGGCUACGAUGGCACCCUGAUGAACGGCCUCCAAAGCUUCCAACAAUGGCAAGACUACUUCGGUAAUCCGACCGGCGCCUUGCUGGGAACUAUUGUUGCCGCGCAGCAAAUAGGAGGGCUAAUAGCUCUCCCCUUUUCAAGCGACCUCUGUGAUCGUCUUGGGCGUAAGCCAGUUCUGCUUUGCGGAAUCAUCAUCGCCUGCAGCGGGGCUGCGAUUCAGGGUGCAUCUGUUAAUGUAGGAAUGUUUAUCUUUUCCCGCGUCGUUAUUGGAUUUGGUGGGAUUUUCAGCUCCCAGCCCAGUCCCAUGCUUAUUGCUGAGCUGGCAUAUCCUACUCACAGAGGGAAAUACACUUCUGCUUAUUGGACUCUCUUCUACUUGGGGUCGGUCCUCGCCUCGUGGUUUAUAUUCGGAUGCCAGGACAUCGCCAGCAACUGGUCCUGGCGCAUCCCCUCUAUCUUACAAGCCGCGUGUCCAGCGAUCCAGCUCUUAUUCCUCUGGUGGGUUCCCGAGUCUCCUCGCUGGCUCAUAGCACAAGGCCGCACCGCCGAAGCUUCGGCAAUCCUUCAAAAAUAUCACGACGGACAAACAGACCCAUCCACUCCACCAUCAGAUCUAGUAACCCUCGAACUCACCGAAAUAAGCAACGCCAUCAAGCUCGAAAACGACGCCCAGCACACCGGCUGGACAGCUCUCCUCGCAACACCAGGGAACCGCAAACGCACCAUCCUCACCAUCUGCACCGGCGUCUUUUCAAUCUGGGACGGCGUCACCAUAGCAAUCCUUUACCUCCCUCUAGUGCUCAGCUCCAUCGGGGUUACAUCUACACACACCCAAACCCUCAUAAACGGCCUACUACAGGUCUUUAACCUCCUUGCAGCACUGACAGGCGCCUUUCUCGUUGACCGACUCGGCCGACGCUCGUUAUUCCUCUGGGCCAGUGCAGGCAUACUACUAUCCUACAUCGUCUGGACAGCCUGCGCAGCAGUAAACAGCGAAACAGGGUCUCAGCCGGCCGGGGUCGUGGUGAUAGUCUGCGUGUUCACGCUGCUGUUCCACCACGACAUCGCCUGGUCCCCGCUACUCAUGAGCUAUCCGACGGAGAUAUUCCCGUACUCGCUGCGGUCGAAGGGGCUGGCGGUUGUUAUGGUCUCGAUGUACGGGUCCUUGGUGAUCACGUCGUACUGUCACCCGAUUGGGCUGGAGGAUCUGGGGUGGCGGUAUUAUAUUAUCUUCUGUGCGUUUAUGGCGGGGAUUCUAGGCACGGUUUAUUUCUAUUUUCCGGAGACGAAGGGCUUUUCUCUCGAGGAGAUUAGGGUUAUUUUUGAUGGUGAUGAUGAGGAGAGCAUCGACAACUUGGGCAGGUAUAAUUAG